CAUGCAUAUGUCAUGGACAAGCCGAUAGAAUUAGAAAACUGGUCGACCCUAUGUUCUCUCUUUACGGGGUCUGCUCCGGAUUUCAGUAUUUUGGAAGCUCAGCUGGAUGCAGGUCGCUUUCCUUCCUUGACUAGAUCGUCAUGUUUACAAAUACUUUCGGAAGAUGAACUUCAGAGGUCGAAAGAAAUUUUCAACAAACUUGCUCUUAAUCUCUCCACUUCCCAUGCCCAUGGCCGUGUCUCUUCCAUUCGCUUCUGCCGUGACGUAGGUAACAUGGUUAAGGGCAACGUGGUUCUCUUUGAACAGAUUACUUUUAAGACGCUCCUUGAUUCACUACUCACAGUAAAGGUCGUACAAUCCAAUGCGGAACUUCGGCAAAACCUUUCGGCAGGUCUUGCCAGUCUCCUCUACCUCUGCCCUAUAAAUUACAGGAUCGCCAGCGGAACAACAGGAACCACAGCAGAGUCCUCGAAGGUGGCCGUUGGUUCUUCUAAUCCUGAUUUUUUGGACUUCCAAAGCGGUGAAAGUUGCCUUGAUCUUUUGACGUCUCUACUAGAAAUGGCUAAGGAAGAUACAAAAACAGAGCUCUCGUGCUUCCAUGCGCUAGUACAACUUCUCUGUCAUCGAAAACUCUUUCAUCCCACCAGACUAAUUCCAGCAAAGUUGGAUAGAUUAGUCCGGGUUACGCAAGUUAUAUGGCCUGUUGCUUUUUGCAUCUCUAACCGUCAAUCCCGAUGGGAGGAAGGAAGCGCCCCUAUUUCAUCCUCAAGCAGUAUUUGUCCCUCUUCCAGUGGUGGUGAUGUUAGUGAUGCAGGUGGGACGGAGAAUUGUGCCGUGCGAGAGCUAAAAAAGUCGCGCCUUCUUGCGACCUUCUGUCUCCGACGUCUACUAACGUCGAAACGUAUUUGUCGUGAGACUUGGACGUCAACGGGAAUACGGUCGUUUCAGUCGGACUUUUUGGAGGCGGUGUGCAGGGAACGUGAUGCUAGGUUGCGAGAGCUCUUCAUCGUAAUGUUAGGUGUUGUACUGGACAACUUGGCUCUGCGUUUCAUUGUUGCGGAAGAGCCGUCAAACUGGCAACCCACCACCUUCAUUCCCUACUCCCUUCGCGUAGCCGGUGAACUGCGCGCUCUCCACAGGAGUCUCAUUUGGGCACUUCGCACAGAACGAUCAUUUCGCCAUCAAUUGGCUUUAUUAAAAGUCUUUGCUGUUCUUAUCACUGUCACUCCGUAUUAUCGCCUUCAUUCUGGUCUGCUAUCUAAUGUUAUUACAAAUCUGAAUUCCUUUCACAAUCAAACUCAUUGUAUCUCACCCAUUCUUCCCGUGUGGAACGCCAUCCUAGCCAAGACUCCAACUCCAGAAGUGCAACGAUUGCUAACAUCCCCAACACCAACUCUGCGAGUACUGUCGCUUUGUGAUACUUCGUCAAUGUCACCCAACCCCUGCUGGCUUGUUUUGGUAGGUCUACUUAAAACGAUAAAAUCAUACUUACAAACAUAA